UCGCCUCAUCCUAUCUCAUGCAUGGCUGCCAGUGAUGGUCUACUGGGUGUCAGCUUUUAUUGGCACGAUACAAAGCAAUGUGCCAAGGGCUGCUGCCUCGACUCCCUGAGCAGAAUCGGCCUCUGGAAUAAAAGCUUGCAAAAUGCUCCGUUUGAGCACAGAGACAUAGCAAUGUUAGGCUGGAACGAGGAAGUGCAGUGGAGAGGGGAGGGACCGAGGGCAGAGUUCCAUAGUGCUGCUGCGGCGCUACGAACUUCUGCACAUGGAGCGGGGGAGAGUUGGAAGAGCUUCAUAUUGCAAAGUCAAGGAAUUGCAGAGUACUUGCAGAGAAUGGAGACCGAAGAGGCCCAGGAAAUGUCCCAGAUACCAGUCUGUCCAUUCUCAGGCAGGGACAGUCCCCUUGCCAAUGAAGCCUCGGAGGAGAUGGAUGAGGCUAUGCCUGUUCCUGAGGACCUGUCCGCCACCUCUAGCCUCCAGCAGAACAACAGGACUGACAAAAGCUUGGCCUGCAAUAUUAAAGUUGAGGCUCGGAGUGACGAGGAGAAUGGAAUGGCCUGUGAGGCGAAUGGCGAGGAGGAGGAGGAGGAGGAGGAGGAAGGGGCGGAGGACUUGCGUGUGCUGGACGCCUCGGGCGCCAAAGUGAACGGCUCCCACGCCGGGGCCGACAGCAAGGUGUCCUACCCGGCGGCCGGCGGCAUCCGCCUCCCCAACGGGAAGCUCAAGUGCGAUAUCUGUGGGAUAGUUUGCAUUGGCCCCAAUGUGCUGAUGGUGCACAAGCGCAGCCACACUGGGGAGCGGCCCUUCCAGUGCAACCAGUGUGGAGCCUCCUUCACCCAGAAGGGCAACCUGCUGCGCCACAUCAAGCUCCACUCUGGAGAGAAGCCCUUCAAGUGUCACCUGUGCAACUACGCCUGCCGCCGUCGAGACGCCCUGACAGGUCACCUGCGCACACACUCCGUUGGAAAACCCCACAAGUGUGCUUACUGUGGGCGGAGCUACAAACAGCGUAGCUCGUUAGAGGAACACAAGGAACGAUGUCACAACUACCUACAAUGCAUGGGGCUCCAGAACAGCAUCUAUACAGUAGUAAAAGAAGAAAGCAACCUGGGUGAGCAGAGGGAGGACAUAAGCCUGACGGGACCUGAGAGGGCCUUGGUGCUAGACAGGCUAGCUAAUAAUGUAGCCAAGCGAAAGAGCUCUAUGCCACAGAAGUUUGUGGGUGAGAAGCGUUUGUCAGACCUGUCCUUUGAGGGCAAUGGUGGGGAGCUGAUGCAGCCACAUGUGAUUGACCAGGCCAUCAACAGCGCCAUCAGCUACCUGGGGGCCGAGUCCCUUCGGCCCCUGGUGCAGACCUCCCCCGGCUCCUCCUCUGAUGUGGUGGUGGGCUCUAUCUACCAGCUCCACAAGGCCCCGGGAGACGUCAGCCUGUCAGCCAAAGACAGCGCUGCCGAGAACCUGCUCCUGCUCUCCAAGUCCAAGUCAGCCAGUGAGAAAGACGGCUCCCCCAGCCCCAGCGGCCAGGACUCCACCGACACAGAGAGCAACAACGAGGACCGGCCCGCUGGGGGAGGCCCCGGGGCGGCCAGCGCCGGCCUCAUCUACCUGACCAAUCACAUGGCCCCGGGAAUGCGCAACGGCGGAGCCCUGCCCCUGGUCAAGGAGGAGCAUCAGCGGCAGUUUGAGGCGCUGCGCGCGGCCGGGGUGGACCUAGGCAUGGGGGUGAGCUCGGAGAGCUUCAAGGUGAUGAACGGGGAGGGCGAGGAGGUGCGGACGUACCGCUGCGUCCACUGCCGCGUGCUCUUCCUGGACCACGUCAUGUACACCAUCCACAUGGGCUGCCACGGCUUCAGGGACCCCUUCGAGUGCAACUUGUGCGGCUACCGCAGCCAGGACCGCUACGAGUUCUCCUCUCACAUGACGCGCGGAGAGCACCGAUACUGAACACAGACACACACACACACACACACACACACACAGUCAACACCCACAGAUAUAUGGAUACAGAUACACUCACAUACAUAUCCAGUUAAUACACACACCCACACCAUGAUGUGAGACCAUGCAUAUACCUUUUACAUAUACAAAUACAAAAUGUACACCCACACCAAUCUGACACACACAAAACCACAAAAAUAUGUAUUAGAAUAUAAAUACCAUAUUCAAAUAUAUUGAUUCUGUCCAUCCACUGGCUGCAUGAUCUAACAUAUGGAAUAACAGUAGGGAAUAUCUAUUUGUAAUAUAUGUAACACUUUGAUGGAUGCUGAAAUAAUACAACUAUACUUGCUGUACUUUUAUAAGAUUACGAAGUAAGAGGGCCAUCUUUCCAUAAUGUGUUCUUUUGUAUAACAGUUUUCAGAAAGUGUCCAAGUCUGCGCGCCAGUUUGGAGGAUUCCGUUUGAAAAUGGAAUUGUGCAUACACCUUCAUUUUUACUGUCAGCACGAGGAUAAAGAUACUAUCAAAUAUUUAUGCUGAUGUGUAAAGUUUUAUGAUAAGUGAGUACAAGUAAUAUCAGUAUUAUCAUAACAUAAAUGGAUGGAUGCCCACUGAAAUCUUGUUUUUGAUUUAUCUUAUCUUAUCUAUCUAACAGUACAUAUAUUUUUUAUUUUGUCUUUUGCAGUACUUAUUUUUAUAUUAUUUAAGUAGAAUACAGACCAUUUUCACCUUUUGUAAUUUAUUUACUGAGUCAAGGAUUGUUUAUCUGGAAUAAAAAAUGUAAAUUGAAUGUCAAAUUGUAUCAAUUAAACACGAUUUUUAAUUGGGAUGUGGCCUGCAUCCUUUUUGUACAAAGUGAACCAAACCACUGAUGACUACGUACUUCUAACCCAUUCACUGGAUUCAUGAGUAAUGCAGAUAGCGUUGAACAGUAUCACAAAUGUAAAGUGAGUGCUUGUAAACUGUCAAUAAAAUGUUUUACACAA